AUGCAGGCAGCUGCGCGUCUCUCGCCAUCCCCAGCGACGCCGGGUCCGUCGCAACGGGCAACAAAUCGGCUGAAUGAGGAGGUGUUAUCGCGUUCUGUUCCGCGCGGAUUCCCUGUAGCCGCACCUCAGCCAUCGCAUGCGUCAAGCUCGUCCCAGCGACAGUCGCUAUAUGGCCCCAGCAAUGGUUCGUCGACUAUGCCACUAGAGAGCCCUUUACGGAACGACGACGACUCGUCAACAGAUGUUGAGGGCAUAGAUCGACAACACUCCUGGCGGCGCAACAAGAAUAACGACCAGACACCGACCAAAGCAAAGCAUUAUUCGUCCGGUAUUAUAUACCCCCCACCUAUUACUACAACUUCUCCACCUCCACCCGAGUUGGGCGUCGUCCGUUACCCUAACCUCAUGUCACAACAUCAAUUGAAGCAAGGUUAUGUACCCUCUCUACAGUCAAUGUUCUCAAAGCCAUCUGCGGAGCCUCGCGCUACUGACGCCUCCCUAUUAUUUGAUUCCAAACCAUCAGGUCAAUUAUAUUCCAACAUUCUCCCUAAUCCGUCUGUUUCUACUUCAAAUCCGGUCAUACCUCCGUAUCCAAAUCAAUCUCAUAGUCGUCAGAACCCCAUCUCUUAUCCGCAUACCGGUCGCCGAGGACCGUCACCUUCUGGCGCCCGACCUGUAGUACCUUCUGCUAGUGUAUCCGCGCCGCGAAUUGUUCCUAGUACAUCUACCGACUCUGUGCGCGACUUGAAGACGAUCAGGCUUCCUCGGGAGUGCCUUCCCCGCUUCCUAUCUAUUGCUCGCAUCAACACGUCGCAAAACAGAGAGACUUGCGGCCUGCUACUCGGCAAAGAUAAGGGAAACAAGUUUGUCGUUACUACCUUGCUCAUUCCAAAACAACGUUCCACGAGUGAUACAUGUACGAUGGACGAGGAAGAGCUUGUCUUGCAAUUCACGGAAGAACGUCACUUGAUUACGCUUGGAUGGAUCCAUACACACCCCACACAAUCUUGUUUCAUGUCGUCGGUCGACUUACACACGCAUUCAGGAUUCCAACGUAUGCUGCCCGAAUCAUUCGCAGUUGUCUGUGCCCCCACAUCGACGCCAACAUUUGGAAUAUUCCGGCUGACGGACCCUGGUGGCCUGCAAACCAUCUUAGACUGUACUACCAAGGAAGCGUUCCAUCCUCAUCCGGAAGUCCCCAUAUACACUGAUUGCGAUAAUAGCCAUGUACAGAUGAAGGAUAUGCCACUUGAGAUUGUGGACUUGCGCUAG